UUUACGCUGACCUGCAAACUAAAAGUAUCAGGACUUCCUAACGCCGUCUCACUUCAGCUUUAUUUAGGUGCUUUGCCGUAAAGUGAAGAGAUUUGACCCGGAGCGACGGAAAGUUGUCCGGACUGCACGUCGCUGCUGCAGCUCUCUGACUGACUGAGUGACUGACUGAGGAGUUUUUGCAGUGUCACUGACAGACUGACAGACACAGCACUGUUCAAACACAGAGGACUGUCCACUGGGUCUGCAGGAAGGACUUUUAAUCCAGCCGAAUGAACAGAACGACUGCAAAGCAUCUAAUUGAGCGCUACUUUCGGCAGUUAACUGACGGCUGUGGAAAUGGCAACUGCACGAAUGAGUUUUGCGCAUCAUGCUGUGAUUUUCAACCUUUGGAUAAAAAUACGGCAGCCGUCAAAGCACUUGAGCUGUUUAAGAUUAAUGCCAAACUCUGUGAUCCUCACUCCUACAAGAGAGAAUUGGAUCCAGACUCCGGCACCAACAGAAGUGCUCUCCUGGACAGUAAGAUGAGCGAUAUGGAUCUCAGUCCCUCCAAAGAGAACUUCUCAGAUGUUAAUUACCUCACAGAGAACACUGUUUGUACGAUCCUGAGUUCCUGCGAGGAGAAAGGAGACUACUCUGCUCUCAUCCACGUCAUUGGCAGGGUUUUCUCUAGCGCAGAGGGCCUGAUAAAGAGUUUUAGAAAGGAUGAACCGAACACUACAGAAAAACCUGACUCAUUAAAACCAACAGAAGUCAAGAAGCAUGAAAAGAAGAGUGAGCGAACCUCAGAGAAGACGGGAGCUUCCUCUGCGGCCGCUUUACCAGAUGAGGCUCCAAAUAAUGUGUCCGACCCUUGUGAGGUCACAGUCGACGUUGACGCAGUGAGGAGAGUCUAUGACAAACUUUUAAGCAUAGACCAGGUUGACGCAGCUCUCGUGAAUGCGCUAGUAUACCUUACUCCGAAUACAGAACUUGACCUGGAAUACCUCGAUGUGUACGAGACAAACCCAGACUACUUGAAUAUCUUCAUCAUUGUGAUGGAGAACAAUAACCUUCACAGCCCUGAGUACCUUGAAUUUGCUUUGCCGCAGUUCUGCAAGGCAAUGAGCAAGCUGCCAGUGCCUGCACUCGCCAGGCUUUCAAAGCUGUGGUCCCAGUACGAUCUACCGCAUAUCCGUCGUAUGAUGGAGACGUUCCAGCAGCUCAUCACUUUCACAGUUGUCUGCAAUGAAUAUGACGGUGAAAAUCUGGUAAAUGAUGAUGAGACUGUAGUGGCUGCUACCAAGUGUUUAAAAGUUGUCUUCUACGCAAGCAUCUUGGGUGGCGAUGUGGAUAUGGAACACAACGAGGACGAUGAUGAAGACUCGGAUUCAGAGGAGCUCACAUUACAUGAGCUGCUAGGAGAGGAGCGGCUCUAUAAAAAGGGUCCUCGGGUCGAUCCGCUGGAGAAAGAACUGGGCAUCAGACCCGUAGACAGCAGGAAGCCCCUCAUCCCCUUUGAAGAUUUUAUCAACGAGUCACUGAACGACGUGGUGGAGAUGGACAAGGAUUUCACCUUUUUCAAGGUUGAUGCAGAAACCAAGUUUUCUUUCCAGAGCUGCCCCUUCAUCUUGAACAUCAUUACCAAAAAUCAAGGGCUGUACUAUGACAACAGGAUCAGGAUGUACAGCGAGAGACGCCUCACGGCCCUCUACAGCAUGGUGCAGGGCCAGCAGCCGAACCCCUAUCUCAAACUCAAAGUACGCAGAGAUCACAUCAUCGACGACGCCCUCGUCAGACUGGAGAUGAUCUCCAUGGAGAACCCGUCUGACCUGAAGAAACAGCUGUUUGUUGAAUUUGAGGGGGAACAAGGUGUAGACGAGGGAGGGGUUUCAAAGGAGUUCUUUCAAUUGGUCCUGGAGGAAAUUUUCAACGUCGACAUAGGAAUGUUCACCUAUGAUGACGACACAAAACUCUUCUGGUUUAAUUCGUCCUCACUGGAGAAUGAAGCGCAGUACUCUCUCAUUGGAAUCGUCUUGGGGCUUGCCAUUUACAACAACUGCAUCCUAGAUGUGCAUUUCCCAAUGGUUGUCUACAGGAAACUCAUGGGCAAGAAAGGAACCUAUCUGGAUCUGUCUGAUUCACAUCCGGAUCUCUACCACAGUUUGAAGCAGCUACUUGAAUAUACUGGCAAUGUGGAGAAAGACAUGGCACUCACUUUCCAGAUAUCACACAGAGACCUUUUUGGAAACCCAGUCUUACAUGAUUUGAAGGAGGAAGGAGACCAAAUCCCUGUUACUAAGGAGAAUAGACAGGAGUUUGUGGAUAUGUAUGCUGAGUACAUACUGAACAAGAGUGUGGACAGACAGUUCAGGGCCUUCAAAAAGGGUUUCCUGAUGGUUACAAAUGAGUCCCCAAUGAAGUAUUUGUUCAGACCUGAGGAAGUAGAGCUGCUUAUCUGUGGAAGCAGGAAACUGGACUUUGAAGCUCUUGAAAAGACAACAGAAUAUGAUGGUGGUUAUAGCAAAGACACCCAAAUUAUCAAAGAUUUCUGGGAAACAAUUAACUCAUUUGGAGAGGAGCAGAAAAGGUUGUUUCUUCAGUUUACCACAGGCACAGACAGAGCACCAGUUGGCGGGCUUGGCAAGUUAAAAAUGAUCAUCACCAAAAAUGGCUCUGACUCAGACAGGCUACCAACCUCUCACACCUGCUUCAAUGCGCUGCUGCUUCCUGAGUACUCCUCCAAGGAAAAGCUGAGAGAAAGACUCCUGAAGGCCAUCACUUACUCCAAAGGAUUUGGGAUGCUGUGACAGAGUCAUAAAGAACGUUUUCUGACUGCAUUUGAUUUUUUUUUAACUUCAACAAAAAAAAGGGAGUGUCACAACAAUACUGAGGGAAAUGCCAUGAUAACAAAAUGCUGCAAUAACCCUGUGCCUAACCAACUUCUACCAGUCAAACUCCACAGUCGGCCUUUCACUCUGAGGCAGUGUUUCCUUUGAGAGUCGGUUUCAUAUACAUUAAGUUUCCCAAAGAGUUUAACAAGGCACUUAAUUAUUUUUUUUCACGUGUGUUUUGUUUUUGAGUAAACAUGAACAGUAUUUGAUUUGUGAAACUGUGAAAGUGCACUUACACACAGCAUUUAUGUGAAUGUCGGCACAUAUAUUUAUUGACUUUGUUUGACUUUUGUCUUUUAUUUAAGUUUUUCAUAAUGUGGCAGUAUAUUCAGUCCUCAGACUCUAUUCUCACAUGUCACUGUACUGGGCUCAAUGGUGCUUAUAGGGUACAAUUGUCAUUGUAUAUUAAGGUGAAUCCCUGUAUAUUACUGCUAAUCCUAAUCUCCUCAUUGAUAAGUUUAUUUAUUACUACACAACUAUUUUUCCUGUCAGUGUGACAAACUCACCACUAACCAGAAGGAUAUUUUAAAGUGUUUCUGUGUUGUGCCUCUUGUAUUACAUUUAAAAUGAAUACUGUACUUUGUGUUGUGAAACAGUAAAUCUGACCAGAUAGUGUGGUUUCAAUAGCUCGUAGGGUUUCAGAGAACUGACUGGUCAGUCCAGACUUUCACAUCCUGAAAAAAAGCUUUUCUUUUCUCCAGGUUUGUUUGCUAUGAAGUGUCACUGAUUGUAAGUGCGUCGCCAACAUGUGCAAUGCCUAUGUACGAAAAAAAAGUCACAUCUAAUGUUUUAUUUGGCCAAAUAUCUCAGGUACAUUAAGAAUAUGCAGAUAAUGUGAAACUCUAAUGUAAAGCAACUAUUAUGCAAAGUAAAUAAAGGUGAAAUAAUC